CGCUGCAUGAAAAAGUCGCAAACACGAAAAACACGUGCGUUUAUGCGCUUUUAAUUAACACAAAUAUAAAUGAUGUAAAAUAGUGAUAUAGUUUUUUAAAUAAAAUAAAUAAUGGGAGACAUGAAGACUAAACUUUCCGAGGCCGACAAGGCCAAGGAGAAAUAUUAUAAAGUCGUGCAAAUUCCACCAAUUCCAGAUAAAUGGAAAUUAGUUCCGGCUUUUCUAAAAGUCAAAGGAUUGGUUCGUCAGCAUAUUGAUUCAUUUAAUUAUUUCAUCAACGUUGAGGUGAAAAAAAUUAUUCAGGCAAAUGAAAUGGUUUUCAGUGAUGCUGAUCCUGAUUUUUAUCUCAAAUACUUGAACGUUUACGUGGGAACGCCAGAUAUUGAGGAGGGAAUAAACGGAUCGUGUCCAUCGACACCGAUGGAUUGUCGAUUAAGGGAUUUAAAUUAUUCGGCGCCAAUUACGGUGGACAUACAAUAUACACGCGGUCAUGAGACGAUAAUAAGAAAUAAUUUACUGCUCGGUAGAAUGCCAAUAAUGUUACGCAGUUCAAAUUGCGUACUCACCAAUAAAUCGCAUUAUGAACUCGCGCAAUUGAAGGAAUGUCCCCACGACCCGGGCGGUUAUUUUGUCAUCAAUGGACAGGAAAAAGUCAUACUCAUUCAGGAGCAAUUGUUGAGAAAUCGUAUUUUACUCGAGGAGGACAGUAAAAAUUGCAUUGUCGCUAUUUGCAAUAGUGUCACGCAUGAGAGAAAAACACGUACAAAUGUUAUUGGAAAAGCCGGGAAAUAUUACGUGAGACUCAAUAUUUUCUCGGACGACGUGCCGAUUGUCGCCGUUUUCAACGCCCUGGGUUUUCAGUGCGAUCAGGAAAUUGUACAAAUGAUUGGCACUGAAGAUAAUAUCAGUGAAAAAUUGUCGGCGAGUUUGGACGACUGUCAGGACAUAAAAUCACAAAACGAAGCUCUAUAUUAUUUGAGCAGCAAACGAAAGCAGAAAAGAUUUAACAUCGUGAAAUCGAAUCUCUACGAUGAAAUGAAAGAUAUUUUGGCGACAAAUUUACUGUCACACGUUCCCGUCGUGGACUUUAGUUUCAAAUUGAAAGCAGUUCAUUUGGCGCUAAUGAUUCGUAAAGUGAUAAUGGCACAGAAUGAUCACAGUCUAUUGGACGAUCGCGAUUAUUACGGGAAUAAACGAUUGGAAUUGGCCGGCUCCUUGCUCGCUCUUAUGUUCGAGGAUCUUCUCAAGCGAUUCAAUUGGGAGCUGAAAACAGUGGCCGACAAAAAUAUACCAAAGAUAAAAGCAGCACAAUUUGACAUUGUCAAGUACUUUCGUCAGGACAAAAUUACAAGCGGUUUGGCUUUCGCAAUUUCAACGGGCAACUGGACGAUAAAACGUUUCAAAAUGGAGCGACACGGAGUGACGCAAGUGCUGUCGAGACUCUCGUACAUUUCCGCGCUGGGAAUGAUGACGAGAGUGAAUUCGCAAUUCGAGAAGAGUAGAAAAGUCUCGGGUCCACGUUCUCUGCAGGCUUCGCAGUGGGGAAUGCUGUGUCCGAGCGAUACGCCCGAAGGAGAGGGUUGCGGAUUAGUGAAAAAUUUAGCCCUGAUGACGCACAUUACCACCGAAGUGGAGGAGGAACCUCUGGCGAGAAUUGCCUUCCAUCUUGGAGUUCAAGAUCCGGGCAUGCUUGGAGGCGAGGAAAUUCAUCAGCUUGGUGUCUACAUGGUCUUCCUGAAUGGCACAAUGCUUGGCGUCGUCAGAAAUCACGAGAGACUGAUACGCAUUUUUCGGAAAUUGAGACGAAAAUGCUGGAUCAGCAGUUUUGUUUCAAUUUAUUCGCAACCCAAAUUUAGAUGCAUUCACAUAAGUUCGGACGGUGGUCGCCUAUGCCGUCCGUACCUAAUCGUCGAGAACGGAGAACCGCUUCUGCAAAACGAGAAUAUGAAACUCUUGGAACAAGGACUGAGAACUUUCGAAGACUUCCUGCACGAGGGUAUAAUUGAAUAUUUGGACGUGAACGAAGAGAACGACAGCUACAUUGCCUUCGACGAGAGCCAAGUGAAUUCCCGCACGACGCACAUGGAGAUCGAGCCAUUCACAAUCCUCGGGGUUUGCGCCGGCCUCGUGCCAUUCCCGCACCACAAUCAGAGUCCCCGCAACACCUAUCAAUGCGCGAUGGGCAAGCAGGCGAUGGGCACAAUCGGCUACAACCAGCGGAAUCGGAUCGACACCCUGAUGUACAAUCUCGUCUACCCCCAGGCGCCAAUGGUCAAGACCCGGACCAUCGAGUUGAUAAACUUCGACAAACUCCCCGCGGGGCAGAAUUCAAUCGUCGCCGUCAUGUCCUACAGCGGCUACGACAUCGAGGACGCGCUCGUCAUCAACAAGGACUCGAUAGAUCGAGGCUUUGGUCGCUGUCUCGUGUAUCGAAAUACGAAGUGUUUGCUGAAACGCUACCCGAACAUGACGUACGAUAUUAUUCUCGGGCCGAUGAUUGACGCGACGACGAAGAAGCCGAUUUGGAAGCACGACGCGCUGGACAUGGACGGGAUUGUGGCGCCUGGGGAGAUGGUGGAGAAUCGAAAGGUGAUGAUUAAUAAGUCGGUGCCGAAGGAGACGAAUAAUCAGCACGUGAGCGGCGGGGGGCAGCAGAAUCCGGUGGAGCAUCGGGAGCAGUCGGUGCUCUACAAGGGCUCGAUACCGUCCUACGUGGAGAAGGUGAUGAUCUCGAGUUUUCAGGAUAAUUCGUUUUUGCUGAAACUGCUGUUGAGGCAGACGAGACGGCCGGAGAUUGGGGACAAGUUCAGUAGUCGGCAUGGACAGAAGGGAGUGACGGGGCUUAUUGUCGAGCAGGCGGAUUUGCCGUUUAAUGAUCAGGGGAUUUGUCCGGAUAUUAUUAUGAAUCCGCAUGGUUUUCCCUCGCGGAUGACGGUGGGGAAAUUGAUUGAGAUCAUCGCUGGUAAGGCGGGAGUGCUCAAGGGCGAAUUUCACUAUGGAACUGCAUUCGGUGGCUCAAAGGUGAAGGACGUUUGUGACGAACUGGAAAAUCAAGGAUAUAAUUAUCUCGGAAAGGAUUUCUUUUAUUCAGGAACAACUGGAGAGCCUUUACAGGCCUAUGUGUAUUCUGGACCGGUGUACUAUCAGAAAUUGAAGCACAUGGUGCAGGACAAGAUGCACGCGAGAGCGAGAGGACCACGAGCAGUUUUAACCCGCCAACCAACGGAGGGUCGUUCUAAGGAAGGUGGAUUGCGUCUCGGCGAAAUGGAGCGCGAUUGUCUGAUUGCCUACGGGGCGAGUAAUCUCCUCGUGGAAAGACUGAUGCUGUCGAGUGACGCCUUCGAGGUGGACGUGUGCAAAGGCUGCGGCCUCAUGGUCUACAGUGGACAUUGUCGCAGUUGCGAAUCAAAACAAGACAAGGACAAAAGAAAUGCCGGCGUUUCAACAAUAACAAUACCAUACGCCUGUAAACUUCUAUUUCAAGAAUUACAAUCGAUGAAUAUUGUUCCUCGACUCUCGACGAAACCAAUGAGUGAAAAAUAGUGAUUUUGAAAUUUUACGUCGCUCUGGUAUAUUUUGUCCUAAUUGCAAGUCUCU